AUGGACGCAGAAUCGGAAGGAAUUCCACCGGUUGCGACCGGUAGUGGCCAGACGUCCGCCACCACCGACACAGAUUUUGACCUUGCGGCAAAACGAAAAAUGUUCAUGUCGCAACCCUCCACUGUGGCGAUUCGCCGACAGCAAGCAGUCUGUGUACGACGGGCGCACAAAAUCUACGGCACCAAAAAGAACCCGAACGUCAUCCUGGACGGGUUGAACAUGACGGUACCCAAAGGCUCGAUCUAUGGGCUGCUGGGUGCAUCGGGCUGCGGUAAAACGACACUGCUCUCGUGUAUUGUCGGUCGACGUAGACUGAAUUCUGGCGAGAUCUGGGUGCUUGGCGGACGGCCCGGUUCGCGCGGUUCCGGCGUACCAGGGCCACGCGUUGGUUACAUGCCGCAGGAGGUGGCACUGUACGGUGAGUUCACCAUUCGCGAAACGCUCAUCUACUUCGGCUGGAUCUACGGUAUGACCACGGAUCAGGUGGAUGAAAAAACAGACUUCCUGUGCAAGCUGCUGCAGCUGCCGAAUGCAUCACGGUUCGUGAAAAAUCUCUCCGGAGGCCAGCAGCGACGCAUGAGUCUCGCGGCGGCCCUCUUGAACGAACCCGAGCUGCUCAUCCUCGACGAACCCACCGUCGGUGUGGAUCCGGUACUGCGACAAAGCAUAUGGGACCAUCUGGUGGAGAUCACCAAGUCCGGCAAUACGACCGUCAUCGUGACGACGCACUACAUUGAGGAAACCCGACAGGCCCACGUGAUCGGACUGAUGCGUGGUGGCAAGUUUCUGGCGGAGGAGUCACCCGCGGAUCUGUUAGCUCAGUACCAAGCGGAAUCACUCGAGGACGUGUUCCUGAAGCUGUCAGUGCUGCAAAAUAUGGGCAAACGAAGACGUUCGUCGAUCGCGCAAGAGGUCGUGGAGCAUGUGCGCAUACCGGCAAUCAGCAAUCCGGCGCUGGACCUUUCACCGGAAGAAGAUCACGGCGAAAUAUCCGGAGAAUUUGGCGACAAUAUAUCCAUGUCAUCUCGGGGGCCUGAUGCGGUUACGCCAGAAAUUCAAGCACCUCCAUUACCACCGGAAGAGGAUACGAAGACACCGUUCGUUGACUACUUGAAGAUCAUCAAGCCCAACCACAUGCGUGCUUUGAUUUGGAAAAAUUUCCUCUGGAUGUGGCGUAACGUCGGCGUGAUGGCUUUCAUAAUUGGAUUACCGGUGGCACAGAUCAUUCUUUUCUGCUGGGCGAUCGGACAUGAUCCCGUUGGGUUGAAGCUGGCUGUUGCAAACUACGAGCUGGAGGAGGCAGGCUUCGGACUCCAGGACUGCCCAGUUUACCCCGGAUGCAACUAUUCUUUGCUUAGCUGUCGGUACAUGGAAUAUUUGAAAAAUAGAAGCGUAGUAAUAGAGCUCUUUUCCACCGAAAGCGACGCGUUACAAGAAGUUAGCCGCGGAAAGGCGUGGGGUGCACUCGUGUUCGCUUCGAACUAUUCCGAUUCGCUCGUGGAUCGAACCGAACGAGGCCGUGAUGUGGACGAUUUCACAGUAGACGCAUCAAAUCUUGCUGUUACCAUGGAUAUGUCAAAUCAACAGAUAGGAACACUUCUCUACCGGGACAUCCAGUACGCCUUCUUUGAUUUUAUCGAAAACAUACUGACGGACUGUGACGUGAACCCAUCGAACGGGCGAAUUCCGUUCCAAUGGAACAAACCCGUGUACGGUGAUCGGACACCAAAUUUCACCGACUUUGCCGCACCUGGUGUGAUUCUCACCAUCAUAUUCUUCCUCUCGGUCGCGCUAACAUCUGGCGCCAUGUUGAUCGAACGGAAUGAAGGAAUUCUGGAGCGUUGCCUUGUCUCUGGCAUUACCGGUAUCGAGAUUCUUUUCUCCCACGUUACCACCCAGUUCCUGGUGAUGUGCUUCCAGACAGCGCUCGUCAUGGUGUUCAGCUUCUCCGUCUUUAACCUCACCAACCGAGGCGACAUCGUGUGGGUUAUACUGCUCACCAUUCUGACCGGUCUCUGCGGCAUGUGCUUCGGUUUCGUCGUAUCCUGCUCCUGUGAUAAUGAACGUUCCGCUACGUAUAUGGCGAUGGGUAGCUUCCUGCCGAUCGUCAUGCUGUGCGGCAUCAUCUGGCCGAUCGAAGGCAUGCAUCCGCUCGUGCGUGUGUUCUCCGUCUUUCUGCCACUCACCAAAUCGACCGAAUCGUUACGCUCCAUACUGCAGCGUGGCUGGCUAAUCGAGGACCCGAACGUAUACAUCGGGUUCGCCUCGACCGCCAUCUGGAUCGUGAUCUUCCUUACCAUUAGUAUACUGUUGCUCAAGUUCAAGAAGGGAUAA